AUGUCGAUUAAUAUCGUGAACACUUCAAUAGAAAAACUCUUAUUAAACUUAACUAAAAAACAGCCAGGAACCGAUGAUUAUAAAAAAUGUGUAAAAUACGUGCAUUCAACAUUCAAAUUCGGAAAAUUUGGAGGCACUAAUCAAAAGGACGUAUUAAAAAAAUAUGAAGGACCGACUAUCAAUGUAAAAAAGCCUGAUAAACCGCGUCUUAAAGCGUCUGAUAUAUUUCACGAUGAACCGUUAAUAGGCCCACAUUGGGCAAUUAAAACGGAUUACAAUGAAGACGACGACGAUGAUGAUUGGGAUUUUGACGUGCAAGAUUAA